CAGCCUCACUUACAGUGUAGCUUCUGCUGAUGAUACCAAUGGCAGAGCUGCAGUGUAGUUAAAUAACAGUUAUGAAAUAUAGUAGAAAGAACAUAGCCAAAUAUACUUUAUAAAGCAUUAAUGGUAUUUUUCUAGCUUGUUUUGGCACUUGUAUAUUUUUCAGUGCUGGUAUGGCAGGAACAGUUUCUGGAAAACACUUCCAGCAGUUCGGUUUCCUAAGGUGAGACCAAAGUGAUCUCCUGUCCAAAAAAUAGAAACUCACGUUCAAACUACCGGUCUUGUCUGACUGGUGGAAACUACCGUCUUCCAGUAGCCAAAACUAUUCUUAUCUGUCCAGUUAAACCAACUGAAAGAAAUUUAAAAUAAAACAUAAGAAUAGUUCCAGCCUUUGCUUAUCUCUGAUUCCAUACAGGUUUAAAACUGGUCCUGUUGUAUUACUUAAAAAUGGUCUGAACUUGUCUAUGCUGGGAAAAUACUAAAGGCCCUUAAGAUGAGCAAAAAGUAAAUUCCCUUACUGCGAUGUCGUGUGCCUUGCCUCUUUUCCAGAUGCACAGACUUGUUACUGUUGAACAAGAAAGUAUUCUGCAUUUUUUGCAGAGGGCAUCCAAACAGUCGUUCAUGGCCUGCUGCACUUGUCAAAGUUGCACAUGGCCCUCAAGGAGACUGCAGGGAAGGAGGAAAUACUCUUACACUUCUCUUUCAAAAUGACUUAUUAAUCUUGAUCACAAGAUGAUAAUCACUAGUACUUCCUAGUUAACUACUGAUGAAACUCACUUCUCAUGCUGCAGAAGAAAACCAUCCUAACCAGCUCAGAGAAGAUUCAGUGGCCACUUUUGCAGAUGUGAGAUGGGUUGUUCAAGAAGAAGGUGAAGUCUCUACAAAACUCAGGUCAGAAAUCUGGUCAAAAUCUGCUCCACCUCCUCCAGGUGAACCACCCUCUACUGAAGGUCCCCCAGCUAGACAAGUAUCCUUACCAGACCUGUUUCAAGAAGAGCAAUUGCCCAAGAGUAAAGUGACCACAAAUGAUGAAGCUCUGCAGAAGAUCAGUGCUCUAGAAAAUGAACUUGCCAGUUUAAGGGCACAAAUAGCCAAAAUUGUAACUUUGCAAGAACAGCAAAAUCUGUCAGCAGCUGGAUUAAGUCCUAUUGCCUCACCUUCUGGUCCAGUGCCGCCACCGCCGCCACCGCCUCUUCCUCCUCCCACCCUGCAGCAGAGUAUAUCUGCUAUUGAUCUCAUUAAAGAGCGGAAGGGCAAGAAAAUAAACUCUUCACAGACUUUGACAGAUAAUGGUCCAAAGAAGCCUGAAAUGCCAAACAUGCUAGAAAUCCUCAAAGAUAUUAACAGUGUAAAGCUGCGUGCAGUGAAAAGGCCAACAGAAAGUACAAAGUGUAAAGCUGCUGACCCUACCGAUCCUGCAGCAUUAAUAGCAGAAGCACUCAAAAAGAAAUUUGCUUAUCGAUAUAGAAGCGAUAGCCAAAGUGAAAAUGAAAAACAGAUUCCAAAGUCUGAAACAGUGCUGUUUGGACCACACAUGCUGAAGUCUACAGGAAAAAUGAAGACACUAAUUGAAAAAUCUUAGUAUAGUGUCAGUACAGGAUAGACUACGUAUUUAGCAGUUUCUGUUAGUCAGUGCUAUGUAACAAGUGUCUGGUGUUAAGUGGUCUCCUACAAAACAAAGAAAUAUCAACGUAAAAUAAGUUUAGUGCCUUUCAGUUUUACAAGUUGAAGGGCUGGAGGGUACUUGAAGGUAUGUGGCUUUUAACAAGGGUGUGGAAAGUGAAAAACCCAUACUCAGGUAUUAAUCCUGUAUUUAAAGUCUUUCAUUCAUCAUUGUAAAUGCAUGGUGAUUAUAGUUUAUUAACACUAACUUAUCUCUGCAAAUUUUUACAAAUAUAAAUGACAGCCUUAAACUAGUCUGUCAAAAUGGUAAUGCUGAGGGUGAAAUGCCCUUAAAUUAUUGUGACAUUUGUUACAUAGCCAUUACUUGCACUAUAGUGUUUAGUCUGAGACUAAGCUCAUUCGGAAUCUCGUGUUGAAAUUCUUUUAAUGUGACUCUUGUAUUAAGCCCAAAAAAGCAUAAACUUCUCAACCAAAUGUCAGACUAUUUCUCCUUCCUAGUAAAACUGAGUAGAGAUAUCCAAGUAAAAGCUUGAGUAUUCAUGAACUGAAAAAAAUCCCAAAGGAGCAAGCUUCUUGAAGUCUCUCAAAUGGGCCUGCAGAAGGCAAACACUGUAGGAGAGAACUGAACAGCACAGCUAAGACAGUGCAUUGAAGAUGGAUUUGAUCAUGAGCAACAGGCUACAGCCAGAACUGACCUGUCCCACUGCAGUUCUGUGAGUGUGAAAGAAGGUAAAACAGCACUGUAAGCUACAGUGUUUGAGAGAAUGUCAGGGUGUGUGUUAGCAACCCCAGAAGUUUGGGAGUUAGAGGUAUAGAAGGGCUCUCCCUGAACAGAAGGGAUGUGUCAGUUGCAGCUUACAGCUUUCUUGUAUGCUGCGAUUUUGGCUACAGCCUGAUGGUUACAGAACUGAUGCAUACUUUAGGCCCCCCUGGGCUCAAGGUGGAUUUCCAGCAGCCAGGAAUAGCUGCUGGAAAUAUUCAAUACACAGUAAUAUUCUGACCAUGCUUUCUGCACUGUCAGCUCCAGGAAAGCAGUUCUGUAAUAACUGCUGCACAGCUUGAGUUGGUGGAAAAAUCCUCCAGAGACAUGCCAUAGUAGCUAUUUGCUGCCAGACCAGCAUAGAACUGGCAUGUUGGGGGGAAGACCAGCUGUGGCUAUAUUUCUCCAUGCAUUUUUAUUUCAAGGGGAAAAAAGUGAAACUUUAGCCCAGGUGCAUCCUGCAGGCAUCAAGAGAACCAGAGAAGCAAAUCCACUACAAAUGUAAUUUGGUUUCAGAUAAAAUAAACUGAAAACAAGGUCUACUUUGAAUGUAGCUUUAAUUAAAGCUGGAUUAAAUAGUUGAGCUGAAUUGCAAGAGUUCCUUAACUUUCACUAUCAAGUAAUAAAAAAAAAAAAAAGCAUUUCAGCAAGGUACAGAACAUGUUACUCAGUAAGCAGGGACUUGGGUAGCAUAAUUUAAAAGGGUGUCAUUUCUGAUGCAAAAUUUUUAAAUGAUUUUAAUGGUAAAUAUUUACUCCACUUAAAAGUUCUGAUUCUGAACAGCUGAAGUCCUUUUACCAUGUUCUUCUGUAGGCUUAAAACUGUUCUUCAAAAUCACAAACUACUUGGUCUCACUAUUUUGUAUUUAAGUGGUUUUAAUUUUUAAAAAUAAAAAUGCUCCCUUGGGAGAGUCUGUCA